AUGUCCGCUACCAAGUCUAUCCUCCUUUCCAGUUUCCUCAUCGGAGCUGUCCAGGCUAAGGACCAUAGCUCGCACAACUGCUGCAUCAACUGGUCCAAAGUACCAGGCAGUAAUUACAACGGAUGGGGCGUCAAUUGGGGACUCACCCACAUAGCAUGCGACCGCUAUCCCGGCGAAGCUACAUGGAACGGACAGAUCUGCAACGAGAACUACAACGGCGCUAUUGGUGGGGGUGACUUCAUGUCAAAGUGCCAGGAUGCUGGAGUAGCAAAUGGAUAUACUCGUGAUCAGAUUGGUGCUGGAUACCGUGGCACUUGCUAA